AUGCAGUCACCUAAUGUUCCUGUACCAAGCCGCACUGUUGUUAAGUGUUGUUGUGGCAAGAUAUGCAGAGGUGCGCGUGGCCUUAAAAUGCAUCAGCGUAGUUGUCAAGUGAUACAUGACCUUAACGACGAGCUGUCUGCUGAUCUUGAAGAGCAAAUAACGACGGAUAACACUGCAGAUACAACCGAAAAUGACAAUUCUAUUAACGACAUUGAUAUGAUUAAUGACGAAAGUUUUCCCGAACUGAAACAAGACAUAAAUUUACCGAAAAAUGACUCUGGGUGGCAAACGGUAAUGAUUAUUUUAAAUGUGCGCUCCAGUUAGAUGAUCCAAUCAGAAUGCGAGACGUGAACUCAAAGAUCGAGCUUUUGAACGACGUUAUAUAUAACUACUUUGCUGAUAACUUUGGACAUAACGAAACGGUACCUGACAAAAACAUGGUUACUAAAUAUAAAGAAUAUACUGUAAAGGAGUUAAAGAAAGCUUUGCAAUUUAAAUUUAAAAUCCAACAAAGGUGACCUUAGUGAAAUUAAAUACGUAUCCCGCACAUUGCGUGAUAAGCUUCGUAAUAAUAACAAGGAUGGGCUAACCUCUGAUAGCAAUGAGUCAUUCAAUCAUGACAAUUAUAUCGGACGGAACUUUUGGGGUUAUAUUAAAAACGUUAUCAAUAAGAAGGACUCAAUAUUACCAUCAUUUAACGUGACAGAUUGCUUUACUUAUUUUUCUAAAUCUCUGGCUAAAAUUAAUCCCAAUAGACUGUUUAACAUUCCCAGCUGGAUACCAAAGUUAUCUGAUCCCGAAGUUCAAUUCAACCUUGACCCCCCGACUUAUCAACAAAUUACGAAUGUGAUACGUAAAAUGAAAUCGUCUGGCUCUCCUUGCCCCCAUGAUCAGCUUUCGAUAAUAUGUUUUAAGCGAUGUCCUUAUCUGAGAACUUGCCUCAGUGAACUAAUUCAUGAAGUUUGGCUGUCUGGAACUGUCACGAAUGAGUGGAAAAAAGCCUGUACUAUAUUAAUACAUAAGAAAGGUAACACUGAUGAUCCGUCAAAUUUCCGUCCCAUAACACUUGAGUCUAUACCAUUAAAAGUAUUUACAUCUUGUCUUCGAAACGCAAUAUAUUCCUUCCUCGCAUCAAAUAACUUUAUCGAACACGGCAUACAAAAGGGCUUCACCCCUAACCUAUCUGGCACUCUAGAACACACUGCGCAAAUGGCUGACAUUAUCAACAAAGCCCGGAUCAGACAACGUGCUGUUGUCAUCACCUUACUUGAUCUGAAGAAUGCUUUCGGCGAAGUCCAUCAUAAUCUCAUCCAAUCAGUACUCGACUACCAUCACAUCCCAGAACACAUAAAAUUCGUUAUAAAAAGUUUAUACACUGAGUUCCAAACCUCAAUAAUUACCUUGGAAUUCCGCACCCCUUUUAUAUCUGUUGGCCGUGGCGUAUUGCGAGGAGAUUGCCUCAGUCCUCUUCUUUUCAAUAUGUGCUUCAAUACUUUUAUCCAACAUGUCAAAGCUGAAAAGUACCGUCAGUUUGGCUUCUCCUUCAAGCUAUUAAAUCCUAUCCACUGGUUCCAAUUCGCUGAUGACGCAGCCGUAAUCACUGGCCAAGAAUCUGAAAACCAGCAUCUCCUAAAUCGUUUUUCCAUCUGGUGCCAAUUGUCCAAUAUGAUUAUCAGAGUCGAUAAAUGUAGUACCUUUGGCAUCAAGAAAGCCAUCACAAAAUCAGUCCAAUAUUUGCCGAAACUCAUCAUCAGUAAUAAUCUGAUACCAACAGUAAAGAUUGGAGAAGCAUUUCAAUAUUUAGGACGUUACUUUGAUUUUAACAUGUCGAACGAUAACUAUAAGACUGAACUAACCACUCUCGUUAACGAACUAAUGACUGAUAUUGACUCGAAGCCACUCCACCCAAGAAAUAAGCUUCUCGUAUACAGUCGUUAUGUCAAACUUUCUAAAACAUGGGUUAUUGAAAAUAUUGAUCCCGUAGUCAACUA